AUUUGAAAAGAAGGGGAUCAGGCAUUGAUGACAACGAGUGUUAACGAAUUAAAAUAUAACCUUUAAUAACCUCUAAUAACUGUGAUACAUGAAAAGCACUUUUAACCUGUGCAAUAAAGAAAAUGAUUAGAAGUACAGUUGGUUUUUUUUCGUCUAAAUAUUCUUACAAUUUAGUGUCACGUUUUGUUUUGCCAGUAAAAUAUCAACAACUAUGUUUUCAUACAAGUCGUCUUUUAGAUGUCAAAGGAAGAGAAAUAUUUAUGCCCUCUCUUUCCCCGACUAUGGAAUCGGGCACAAUAGUAAAAUGGAUAAAAAAAGAAGGAGACCCAAUUCAGCCUGGUGAUGCACUUGCUGAUAUUCAAACAGACAAAGCUGUCAUGACUUUCGAAACGGAAGAAGAAAGUGUUUUAGCUAAAAUCAUUGUUCCUGAAGGAACAAAGGAUAUUAAAGUUGGAACUUUGAUUGCUCUGACAGUCGAACCUGACGAAGACUGGAAAUCCGUUGAAAUGCCUGGUGCGUCGAAGACGACGUCAACUGCGUCAGCACCAGUGACACCGAGUAGUAGUACUGAAGUCUCUGAACCUCCUUCUGGCCAAGUUAACGUUGCAAUGCCAGCAUUAUCACCAACAAUGACAUCAGGAACUAUUGUCAAGUGGUUGAAAAAGGAAGGAGACGAAAUAUCUCCAGGAGAUGCAGUCGCUGAAAUUCAAACAGACAAAGCUGUUAUGACAUUUGAAAUGGAAGACGAAGCAAUCUUAGCAAAAUAUCUAGUUAAAGAAGGAUCUCAAGUAGAAGUUGGCCAACUGAUCGCAAUAACAGUCGAAAAGGGAAUGGAUUGGAAAUCAGCAGUAAUACCUACGAGUACAAAAUCUCCAGCUAAAGCAUCAAGUGUCUCUGCACCCCCAAAACCCGCUGCUUCAGACGGUGGACAAACUUCUUCGAAAGAACAAAUAUACGGCUUAGCUGUGAAAAGACUUUUAGAAGAAUAUGGAAUAAAUUCGGGAGCUGUUAAAGGCAGUGGUCGUCCUAAUCGAUUGUUAAAAAGUGAUGUUCUGGCGUAUAUUGAAAGUAAUAAUGUUCAAAGAGUAUCAUUAAAAGCUGAUAAAGGACGGUCCGCGGAUAAACAAGCUUCGACUACUAAAGUUCAUGUGCCAUCACCACCAAAAUCGGGUCCAUCGUCAUAUAAGGAUUACGAAGUGUCCAACAUUAGAGCGGUAAUUGCAAAGCGUCUUGGAGAGUCUAAGAGUAGUAUUCCUCAUUCCUACGCAAGCAUUGAUAUCAAUGUCGACAAACUCAAUGAAUUACGAAGUGAAUUUAAAGCCGAAAGCAUAAAACUGUCAGUCAAUGAUUUUGUUAUUCAAGCUGUAGCUCAUUCAUUGAUGCAGUGUCCAAACAUAAAUACACUUUAUAAAAAUGACCAAAUUAUCCGUAUGCAAAAUGUUGACAUAUCAGUCGCAGUUUCAACACCCACAGGUCUUAUAACUCCAAUUAUUUUUAAUACAGCUACAAAAAGUUUGACAGAUAUUUCAAAUGAUGUAAAAACAUUAGCUGACAAAGCUCGAAAAGGUGCUUUGAAACCUAACGAAUUUCAAGGUGGUACAUUUACGAUAUCAAAUCUUGGAAUGUUUGGAAUCAAAGAAUUCUCUGCUAUAAUAAAUCCUCCUCAAACAGCGAUCCUUGCUGUUGGAACAGGGCGAGAUGUUUUAGAUACUAGUCUAAGGAAGAAAUCGCUGAUGUGCGCAACCCUAUCUUACGAUAGUAGAGCAAUCAGUGAAGAUCAAGCUGCAAAUUUCUUAUCGAUCCUCAGAUCAAGGCUAGAAAAUCCAUCAUUCCGAUCUGUCGGAAGUAAUUAUUAAUUAUUAUAUCGCGAUCUUAAUGAUCAUAAUAGCCAUGCGGAAACAUGUUAAUUUCUAGCAAAAGUCUCCUAGAUGUACCUAUGUAUGAUUUAAUUGUGAGAUAAUAAAAACUAAUGAGGAAAAUGUAUAUUAAUGAGGACAUUCUCAGACUGCUCUCCACUUAAAAAUAUCCAAUGACUCAACUGUGAUAGCCGUAUCGAAAUAUUGCUGGUUAAUUAAAAUUAAUUGAAGCAUUAAUUCAAAAAAGGAAAACGUACAAUUUCGCCGAGACAGAUUUGAAAAAAAAAAAAAAAAUUACAGUUGUCAUCUAUUAGAAGCCAAACAAAAUUUGGUAAAUAAAUUGGCAUAAAAAAUUUGACAUUUCGAAUUAUAAAAUUGAGAUGAUUUUACUAAAAUUUAUUUAACAAAGUUCGUUCAACUCUCUUUGAUAAAAACUGUGAGUAAUUUUUUCACAAUCUAUAUCUCGUUGAUUUUUAAUUAAUUCUUUAAUUUCUUUUAAUUAAUUGAUAAAAUUUAUUCCGGUUAUGACAGUUCAUGGUCAUUGAGGAUUUUUAAAAAGUAGGGGGUAUUGUCUGAGAAUGCCCUUGAAUUGCAAAAAUGAUAAAAGUAGCGAAAAUGUCAAAUCGAAUAGACAAACGAAUAUAGAACAUUUAAUUAAUUGAUCUGAUGAUAUUGAAUAAUAUCUAAUGUAAAAUAAAUUGAUAAAAAAACGAAUCUAUUGGAUCUUUUUGAUGUGUUUAUAAUGUUUUCACAAAAUUUUACAACAGUUAUACUUAAUUUAUUGUAUUAAUUUUUCUUUCUUCGAGUUUCAUACAAUAAUGAACCAUUGAAUUUCAAUACAAUUCAGUUUUCUUAAUCUUAUAUCAGGACAAAGUAAAAUCAAACUGUUGUAAUUAAAAUAUUGUGAUGUUAUCCGCGAUACAAUUGAAUUUAUGAAAAAAAAAUAUUUUAUCGAAAUUGAUUAAAAAUAUAAUUCAAUAUUCAAUUAA